AUGGCCCCCCGCAAGCCCCGUUGCAACUUCAAGGAGUGCAAGGAAGCUGCCCAACGGAUCGUCGGCGACUGCAGCUUCUGCCAUGGCCACUUCUGCUCCAAGCACCGCAUGCUCGAGGCCCAUUCCUGCUCCGGACUGGAGGACUGUAAGAAGGAGUCGCAUGCCCGCAAUGCCGAUAAGCUGAACAGCGAGCGGACGGUGGUUGUCAAGGGUGUAUGA